CAUUACCGACGACAUCUUUCUGUCACUGAACUGCUAGCUGUCGAGAUGGCUCUUCGGCCAGGAUCUGGGGGAGGUGGCAGUUUUAUUUAUCCUGUCGGAGGGGGCCUGGGCCCACCACAAGGCAUGCUGCCCAUGCAGCAACAGCAGCAGCAGCAACAGGGCUUCCCCAUGGUCCAGGUGAUGCCGCCCAACAUGCAAGGCAUGAUGGGAAUGAACUUCGGAGGCCAGAUGGCCCCCGGUGCCAUGCCGAUGCAGGGCGGGAUGACCAUGGGGAUGCAGGGCCCAGGGAUGCAGUUCAUGGGCCAGCCACAGUUCAUGGGCAUGAGGGCCCUGGGACCCCAGUACACAGCAGACAUGCAGAAACAGAUGGCAGAAGAACACCAGAAGCGUCUGGAGCAGCAGCAGCGCAUGCUGGAGGAGGACAGGAAGAGGAGGCAGUUUGAGGAGCAGAAACAGAAGCUGAGGCUGCUAAGCAGCGUCAAACCCAAGACAGGAGAGAAGAGUCGCGACGACGCGCUGGAGGCCAUCAAAGGCAACCUGGACGGCUUUAGCCGCGACGCCAAGAUGCACCCCACGCCGUCCUCGCAGUCCAAGAAGCCAGACUCAUCGCCAUCACACCACCCCUCUGUCGCCCCCCCCUCCCUCUCCCCCGCUGUCCCCGAGGACGAUGACGAAUUUAGCGACUUUAUUCAGGGGCCUGUAGACGGCUCCUCCUCCUCUUCCUUCCCGCUGUCCUCCCAGGCCCCGCCGUCCUCCCCCUCUCCCCGGGCAGGUCUGUCUGCCCCCUCCUCCGCUCCCCUCCCCCCCUCCCCGCUCCCUCUGGCCCUCCCAGCCUCUGUGUCCAUUCCUACUGCCACCCAACACUCUACUGUCAACUCCAGUUCCCAAUUCCAAGGCCCGUCCCUGGAAGAGAAGCUCUUCUCCUCGUGCGACCUCACGGCUGCUAAGAAGGCCCAGGUUAGCUUCAGGUCCCAACAACCCCUGGCUGAGAGGGGCCCCAGGGCUAGGGUCUCCACCCAGUUUCACUCCAGCACCAGGGCCCGGAACUGGGCCCUGCCCCCCGGGGAUCUGAGUUCUGUCUUCACCGUAGAAACGCCGUCCAAGGCUCCACCCACACCAGCGGCGCCCACGCCGGCCGCCGGCCCGCGCCCUCCUCCUCAGACCAGUAGCAACGGGGCAGGGGUUGGAGCUUAUCCACAGCAGGAGCAGAUCCAGCCCAUGGUGCCUGGCUGGUUGUACAACGACAGUCUCAUCCCAGAGAUGUUCAAGAAGGUUCUGGAGUUCACCAUGACGCCUUCAGGGAUUGACACGGCCAAGCUCUACCCCAUCCUGAUGUCCUCAGGCCUUCCCAGAGAGGCCCUCGGACAGAUCUGGGCCUCGGCCAAUCGGACCACACCUGGCAUGCUGACCAAGGAGGAGCUGUACACAGUGCUGGCCCUCAUUGGUGUAGCACAGAGCGGUCUACCAGCCAUGAGCGUGGAUAUCCUCAGUCAGUUCCCCUCUCCGCCUGUACCCAACCUGCCUGCUCUGGCCAUGGCCAUGGCCCCAGUCAUGCCCCAGCACCAGCAGCCCAUGAUGACCCAGCCUCCGGUCUCCAUGGCGAUGCCCGCCCCGCCUGCAGCCGUCAUGGCCAUGCCGACCGCAGCUCCUGCCGUCCAGCCCCCCGCUAACUUCAUCCCGAACUUCCCACCUGUGCAGGGGACCAAGACGGACGACGACGACUUCCAGGACUUCCAGGAGGCCCCCAAGGCUGGAGGGGCUGGAGAGCAGUCCUUCACCGAUUUCCAGAGAGAGUCUGGGGGAAGCUUUCCUGGCGCAAGCCCAUCUCAGCCCCAGAACAGCGCUGCCUCCUUGCUGACUCCGGUCCUGGGCUCGGGCUCGUCUUCGGCCUCGGACAAGUACGCCGUCUUCAAGCAGCUGUCUGUGGAGCAGCCAGCGGAGCCUGCCCCCCCCGCCCCAGACUCUGGAGACAAAUACAGUGUGUUCAGACAGCUUGAACCACCUGCAGACCGGAAACCAGUAGGGGACGGAUUUGCCGAUUUCAAGUCUGUCAGCGUUGACGAUGGCUUCACAGACUUUAAAACCGCCGACAGCGUCUCUCCACUAGACCCCUCAGACCAGGCCAAGAUCUUUCAGCCCUCUUUCCCUCCUCCUUUCCCUAAUUCUCAGUCUUCACAACAGCAACAAACACCAGCAGCAGUUUCUCUCCCUCAGCCUAAAAAUCCUCUCAAUAUGGCCGACCUGGACCUGUUCUCCUCUCUGGCCCCCUCUGGCUCCGCCCCAGCUGAGGCCAAGCCCAGCCCUUUCCCCCCCGUGCCCCACCCUGCUCUCGUGCUUCCUCCAGGGGGGGGCAAGCACCCUGGGGGAGGAGCAGACGACUUUGGCGACUUCGCCCUCUUCGGCUCCUCCGAGGCAGCCCCCGGCCCCGCGGCGGGAGGGGGCGUGGCCACGCCCCAGGACGACUUUGCGGACUUCAUGGCGUUCGGCAGCUCCGGGGGCGAGCACAAGGGCGUCGCGGGGGGCCGAGGGGAGGGGGCGUCUCAGCAGAGACCCCUGCAGGCCUCUGACAAGUACGACGCCUUUAAACAGCUGUCCCUGGAAGGGGGCGGGGCCUACGACAACGCCAAAGAGAGCGGCGGCGGCUCCUUCUCCUCCCUGAAGAGCGACUCGGACGACUUUGCCGACUUCCAGUCCUCCAAGUUCUGCACGGCGCUGGGGGCCUCGGAGAAGAGCCUGGUGGACAAAGUGGCGGCCUUCAAGCAAGGCAAGGAGGACUCGGCCUCCGUCAAGUCCCUGGACCUCCCGUCCAUCGGGGGCAGCAGCGUGGGGAAGGAGGACUCUGAGGACGCCCUCUCAGUGCAGCUGGACAUGAAGCUGUCCGACAUGGGCGGAGACCUGAAGCAUGUGAUGUCGGACAGCUCUCUGGACCUGCCCGGCCUCUCUGCCCACCAGCCCCCCGCCGCAGAAGGAGAGGACAUGAAGUUUGACCCUUUUGGAGCGUCAACGGUCAGCAGUCUGGCCAGCUUCGACUGGUCAGACAGGGAGGAGUGUCCGUCAGCCUCAGCCAGGAAGCCCCCGGGCCAGGAGGGGGACGUGCCCGGGGCCCUGCCCUCCCCCCCCACAGCCCACAGGACGGACACGCUGUUCGGCAGCGCCGAUAACGUCAGCAUCGCCGAUAACGUCAGCAUCGCCUCCGCGGCCCAGUUCACCGCCUUCACCGCCGAUGACUCGGCGUCCGCGGACGACAAGUUUGAGGCGUUCGCCGACUUUGGCUCGAGCGAGCAGGGCGGUCCGGAUGAGGACGACGACUUUGGGGACUUUGCCAGCACAGUGUCGGAGAAGUCGGACUCCCCCGCGGCCACGCACGGCGAGGCCGGCUCCGAGGGCGUCCCAGGCGAGGCCACAGACGAGUUUGGGGCUUUCCAGGGGGACAAGCCCAAAUUUGGCAAGUCUGACUUCCUGAAGGCCAGCUCCCAGACCAAGGUCAAAUCCAGCGAAGAGAUGAUCAAAAACGAACUGGCGACCUUUGACCUCUCUGUACAAGGUUCCCACAAGCGCAGCCACAGUUUGGGGGAGAAGGAGAUCGGGCGCUCGCCUCCCUCCCCGGCGCCAGAGCAGCCCUUCAGGGACCGCUCCAACACCCUGAGCGAGAAGCCCGCCCUGCCCGUCAUCAGAGACAAGUACAAGGACUUGACCGGCGAGGUGGAGGAGAGUGAACGCUACGCCUACGAGUGGCAGAGGUGUCUGGAGAGUGCCCUACAGGUCAUCACCAAAGCCAACAACACCCUGAACGGCAUCAGCAGCUCUGCUGUCUGCACCGAGGUGAUCCAGUCCGCCCAGGGCAUGGAGUACCUGCUGGGCGUGGUGGAGGUGUACCGUGUCACCAAGCGCGUCGAGCUGGGCGUCAAGGCGACGGCGGUGUGCUGUGAGAAGCUGCAGCAGCUGCUGAAGGACAUCAGCCGAGUGUGGAACAACCUGAUGGGCUUCAUGUCCCUGAGCAACCUGGCGCCUGAUGAAAGCUCCCUGGACUUCACCUCCUGCAUCCUACGACACGGCAUCAAGAACGCCAAGGAGCUGGCAUGUGGUGUGUGCCUGCUCAACGUGGACUCACGCAGCAAGAAAAAAGAAGACAAUGCUAUUGGACGCCUGUUUAAACGAGCACUGGCUAAAGAGAAUGACCCGAGGUUGAGGGCUUUCAACUCGGAGACGGACAAUUUCAAGCUACUGUACGGGGGCCACCAGUACCACGCCAGCUGUGCCAACUUCUGGAUCAACUGCGUGGAGCCCAAACCGCCAGGUCUCAUCCUGCCUGACCUGCUCUGAACGCCUCCUCGCCGCUGCCACGGCAACGGGGGCACAUAAAUAUCACCGUCGAGGAGGCGAAGCAGACUCCCUGACCGCCACGCAACCUCUCACCUUAGAAGGCCGGAGAACACAGCCGCUCCCCCGAAGGCUCUGCAGUCACUGGAGAACCUCUAUUUAUUUAUCUAAUGUUCUCUAUCCUUCCUACUCUGUAAGGAGCCCAUUUGCUCCAGUGAUUUGAAGUACGGUGGGGGAAUGUGAUGAAGAAGAAAAAGUAUAUUUGGACAAAUUCAAGGGCAAGGCGAAAGCCUGAUCUGUAACUUAAUGUGUUAUUAAUAAAAUCAUGUAUGUGACACGUUAUUCCUGGGUGGUCCCGGGAGUUGACAUGAAUAUUUAUGGAGCUUCUUAUUGAGAUAACUUAACAGUAUUGGAAAAUAAAAUGGAAAAGUUAAACAAAAAAAACUGUGGCGUAGAGUGGCACAGAAUGUUAAAUUAUUGUACAAAACGCAGUUUAGAUUGAUCUUUCGAUACAGUCAGACUAUUAUUACUGUGCAAUGUAGUAUACACUGAGGUUGGGGAUCCAGAGACUGAAUGAAAUUGAACGCCAUCUGUAGUUUUCCCUCCUAUCUCUGGUUACUAUGUUUUUCUUUCAUGCUGGAGCUCAGUAAAGAAAGAGACUGUUCUUGCCUUUUCUACUUUGGUUUUUAUUUAAUCUGGGCUGUAGUAUCAUAUUGCUGGAAUUGAAUCACUUUAAUGGCCGGGGUCUUUAAAAGGAUAUUCCAUGGCUGGUAACAUUCUUUCAUCGGUUAUUUUUUCAAAGACUUUAAUUAAACAUUAGAAGAUUCAGUGCUGUGUUGAAAGGCAGUCAUAUUUACCAUUUUAAGGAUUGUGUGAUUAACUGCUUUAGAAUGUCCUUUGCACUGUUUAAUCAUAUUUUUUAACAAUGAUUAUUGGUUGUAGGUUUGUCUUGUUGUGUCUGUGUAGCUCUGAAGGGAAUGUUUAUGAAGUCAACUCUGAAUUUUAUUGCAUCAGCACUUUGUGUUCAUUACAGUAUGGUACUGUAGUCUUGUAAUGUGAAGUGACAUGUACAUAAACAAAUGAGUAAAAUUUUGAAAUUCCAUCA